GAAACCCAGUAGAAGUGAGGAGCCCGAAGCUUGAGAGGGCGACGCGGAAUAAAGACACAGAUAAAGAAACGGUCAUUAAUUAAAUUACCGAAAACAUACGAACUUUAUAGGUAGUGGUGGCGGUGGAGUCCUUUCUUAUGUAAUCCCAAAAGCGCCAUUUUGCUUGAGGGCGCGGCUUUUAUCAAAUCAGCACCAUCUUUGUUCUGGGCUAAAAGUUCCUCGCGCCGCCCUUUUUAAAGCCAUGAUUUUUAUUCGUUGGAGUCAGGAAGAGAUAAAAAAGUGUAGAACUGCACAUGGAAUUCUCAGGCUGGAACAUUUCCGGGUUUUCUUUGGAAAUUUCUAGCGGGGUUGAGAGCGGUGGUCCAGAAGCCAUUACAAACACUUUGCCUCGCUGGUGGGAAGCCAUUUGCAAGGAUCCAAAGCCGAGCCCCUGGCCACAGAUUCAAAGCCAUGUCUACGGGGGGCGCAGGACCCUUGAAGCCCCUUAUCGCCGUCUGCCAGAUGACCUCCACUCCCGACAAAGCCCACAACUGGGCGUCCUGCUCACGGCUCGUCCGGGAGGCUGCCCAGAGGGGGGCCUGCGUCGUCUUCCUCCCAGAAGCCUUCGACUUCAUUGGCAGCAGUGUGGAGGAGGCCCUGAGCCUAGCCGAGCCCCUGGAGGGAGACCACUUGCAGCGUUACGUCGAGCUGGCCAGGGAAUGUGGCGUCUGGUUGUCCCUUGGAGGCUUCCAUGAAAGAGGCAGCGAUUGGGAGAGCACAAGAAGGAUCUACAACUGCCACCUCCUCUUGGAUCCCAAAGGAACCCUGGUGGCUGCCUAUCGGAAGACUCAUCUUUUUGACGUAGAGAUGGAGGGGCGAGUGUCCCUGAAGGAAAGCGCCUUCACCAACCCAGGCUCCAAGAUAGUGGCUCCUGUGGAGACCCCGGCCGGAAAGGUUGGUCUAGCCAUCUGCUACGAUCUCCGCUUCCCAGAAAUAUCUAUCGCUCUGGCCCGGGAAGGGGCAGAGAUUCUCACCUACCCAUCAGCCUUCACUGUGACAACAGGCUCUGCCCACUGGGAGGUGCUGCUGCGAGCUCGUGCUGUGGAGACCCAGUGCUAUGUGGUCGCAGCUGCUCAAACAGGAAAGCACCACGCAAGCCGCACCUCCUACGGCCACGCCAUGGUAGUGGAUCCAUGGGGCAGCGUCGUCGCCCAGUGCCAGGAGGGGCCGGGUGUGUGCUACGCAGAGAUCGACCUUGCCUACCUGCACCGCAUCCGGCAGGAGAUGCCAGUCUUCUCCCAUCGCCGGGCCGACCUAUAUGGCCAGGUGGCUGCUCAGAAGGGACCCCUAUCUCCGUGAUUUGUUCAGGUGCUGCUAGACCAGCCUCCGGAACCUCUUAUCCUUCUAAUGACCUACCUGGGUGGAUUCUCGCUCCCUCAACCAAUUUGGCACUCCAGCAAUUCUGCUAGGGAGUGGAUGAUAAGUAGAACGACUGAGAGAAAUGUACCCACUCUCCAAGUGGAUCCAGGAAAGGGCACCUCUCCCCAUAAGCCUGGUCUUUUAUUCCACCUGGGAGGGUGCAUUUGCUCAGAUGAGCUCCAGUGAAUCCUUUGCCCCUAAAUUAGGGGUGGGGAAUCUGCAAGCCCCCAGAUCCUACUGGACCUAAAUUCCCAUCAGUUCCAGCAAGGCUGGAAAGAUGGGAGAUGCAGUCCAGGAACAUUCAGAGAGUCAAAGUCCCCCCCCCCGACUGAAAUAAAUCUGCCCCUGCUGGAUUCCCACACUUCUUCCCGUAACCCAAUAAUCAAUUUUUAAACGGGUACAGUAUUGGGCUCAGAACCCAGCUGCCUUCCAAUAGGGUUCUGCCCCUUAGGCAAACCGUGCUUUGCAUUUAAGUUUCCAUCUCUCUGCUGCUAAGAGUCAAGUAUCACAACUCGCACACACGAUGCAAACUUUUCGGAUCACUUUAUUUCGUGCUGAACAUCAUCCUUCCACUUGAUUGCAACUUAGAGAUGAGGAAUAAGUUUUUAGCAAAUAAAUUUGUCACUUGCAUGCAUGAUGCAAAUUUGGAAUAUCUCUUUUUAUUUUGCAUUUUCUGCACUACUGGUAGUCACAGGGAGAGGCAAGGGCACAGGCACCUUGACCCUGACUGCUGGGAUCUUGUUCAGCAACUCCGAGGCAACUUUACUUGUAUUAUUUUUCAAGAGCUAGAAACUUGGUUUUGAAAACAAACACAAGAUCGAGGAGCCCAGACACCUGCAUCCUGUGGCCAAAUCAUAGCUUUCUGCAGAGGGCUUUCCUUUUUUUGCUUGUGCAUUGUUAAAACCAAUUUAAAGCUAAUGAUUUUAACUGUUUGUAUUUUAUCUUGUUAAGUUGCUAGGAGAAUGGGGUUUGUUUUUGGUAUAAGGUAGCUAACAAAUGUAAUAAAUAAUGUAAUGGCUGUUCA